AUGUCUUCUCGAAAGUGGUGGGAGAAUCCUAUUGUCACCAUCAACGUCCCUCCCGACUCAGACCCCGAACAAGUGCGUCUGAAGAACGAGACAUAUAUCAAGCCAAAGGGAGGCUAUGGCGGUGCAAGCGCAAGCUACUUUGAAGGCAUCUCCAAAGAGGAACAAGAGAUGCGCUAUCAACUGUUGGUCACUAGAGUUUUCCACUUGAUUGAUGUCGAUCCUGCCGAGCAUCAGGCCUGUUUCCGCAAAUGCGUUGACAAGUGCGUCUCGACGGGCGUUUUGCAGGCGCAAAACUGGCUGCAAUGGGGUGGUUAUAACGAUUUGAGCUUCGAAAUGCACACAAUUGCCAGAGCAACGCAGCUAACCGGCCAAGUGCAUAUCCUCGACGCCCCGAGCGUGGUAGCUGCCAUCGCCUUCAUAACGAGACGCAACGCUGAAGGAAUGGGCAAUGAUUACUUGAUAUCGCUGCUCAUCAACCUGAACACGUUUCAUUAUGCACACACAUCCGUGGAGCACUGGAGAGAAGAGGCAGAUUCCGGUGCAAUUAUCCGCACCACCGAACGAUACAGGGGCCUCAUUUUGGACGGAGGCGUGGUCAUUAACCUAGACGCCGAACCAGUGAGCUCGGCGGGUGUUGGAAAAACUGUGACAACCAUCAACACGACUCCCGUCUCAGUCGACCACACCGUGAGAAAUAUAGCUCAAUUUAAGUUGAACAUGUUACAGUUUGAUAUUCCACACUCGCGUCCGCGCACCACAAAUUCGCGACUGGCUACUGUAAUCAACGCAAUGAUGAACGUAAAUCGAUAUGUUCUGGAAAAUCUUUACAAGCGUAACUUGAGCCACGCGGUUGAACACAGGAUUAGGACGGCCUCGUACGAAUCCUUUGGUUACUCUCGACGACCGUCCAACCGAUAUGCAGACAUGGAAGCCAUCAGUCAAGACACGGGAAUUGAGCACAUCGAGGAACUCAUCAAUGACGACGAGUUAUAUGUCUAG